GUCUAAAUGGUUAUUGGGUAUUGGUUCACCCAAUAACCGAAUCGAACCGAUUCGGGUUUGGAUACCCAAAAACCGAUUUUUCGGUUAUCGGAUCGGUUUUCGGUUAGUAUAUUUUUAAAAUUUUCGGUUAUCGGUUAACCCGAUAACCGAAUCGGGUUAACCGAAUAACCGAAAAUAAAUUAAAUUUAUACGUAAAAAUUAUAUAAUUAGAAAAAUUACUACUAUUUUCUAAUUCUAAAUUCCUAAUCUAACUGCAAAAGCUACGCACGCACAAACACACUCUCAAUUCUUUUACCACAAAACCCUGUCCAGCGCCGCCGCCCAUCACCCAACAGCCGUUCCCGUCGCCACCGCCCUCCAGCCGCAUCACCGCCUUCCAGCAAGUAGCAGCCAUCGCCGCAGCACCUCUGCACAUUUUAGAUUUCCAGGAAAAGCAAAUUAAUAUCGAAAGGUUACUAUUUUCCCCAAAUUCAUUCUCUCAUUUGCUUCUGAAGUAAAUGUAGAGGUAGCUGAAUCGACUUUUUUCCUUUUUCAUGGGUGCCAUUCAUUUUUGUUUAAUGCAUAUCUCUCAUUUGUUAAAGCGGAACUCUCAAUUAUUAUUAGGAAUUGAGGAUUUUGUCGAGAGGCAAUAUUUAAUUUCACACAUAUAUUGCACUUUUGCAUAAUUUCAUUCCAAACUAAUUGAAUUGGAAAACUCGACAGUAAGAAAACCAAAUAGUUCGAUUUCUUUAUUUUCCAAAUUUUUUUGAAAUUUAAUUUCUUUUUUUUUUCUUUCGGUUAACCGAGUCGGUUAUGAUAACCGAACACCUAUUUCGGUUCGGUAAUGGGUAUUGAAAAUGGGCGAUUUUCGGGUUCGGGUAACCGAAAAUUUCGGUUCGGAUACCCAAACCCGAACCGAUCGACAUGCCUACCAGAUACCAAUCAAUAAUUCGAAACAUAAAAAACAAAAAAAAAUUGAAUUUUACUCUUUAAAAAAGUGUAUUUUGAUUUGAUUUUAUUCAUAUAAAAAUAAGUUUUGAAAAGGGAAACGAAUCCAACCCAAAAGUCAAAACAAUUUGCAAGAGAAGAGAAGUAGACAACUAGACACCUACGAAAGCGUGUAACAGAGAAGCGCGAUUUAAUGUUGAUAGUUAAAGAUUCACCGGCAAAUAACCGUUGACCGUUAUUUAUCACGUAAAUCCCGCCGCUCUGCCUCCGCCGCCCUCCGCCGUUGGGGUUCAAGAGCAGUGCACAUUCGAGAUCGCGGGAGAAUGGGAAUUUUGAAAUCUGCUGUUGUGACUGCUCUGUUACUCCUGCUGCCUAUCACUCUUGAUUGCGCCAACACCUACAAUGCGGGAGAUCGCGUGCCCCUUUUCGUCAACAAAAUCGGCCCCCUUCACAACCCUAGUGAAACGUAUGAAUAUUACAAGUUGGCCUUCUGUCGUCCAGAUCAGGUGAUUGAAAAGAAGGAAAGCUUUGGGGAAGUUUUGGGUGGUGAUCGAUUGGCAAAUGCUUUAUAUGAUUUGAGAUUUGCAUUGAACAAAACCCGAGAUGCUGUUUGCCAAAAGAAGCUAACUAAGGGCGAUAUUGCAAAAUUCAGGGAUGCUAUCGCUAAUGAUUUUUACUAUCAAAUGUACUAUGACGACCUUCCACUUUGGGCAUACAUCGGCAAAAUUGAGGAUGAAAGCUGGAAAGUUGACGGGAAGGAGAAAAAGUUUUUACUAUUUACCCAUGUUCACUUUGAUGCUCUUUACAAUGGAAAUCAAGUCAUAGAAAUCAAUGCCUUCAGUGAGCCAAGUCAUUUGGUAGAUGUAACAGAAGAUGUUGAUGUUGAAGUCGAGUUCACUUAUUCUAUAUCUUGGAAAAGAACCUCUAUGCCAUACAAGAACAGAAUGGGGAGAUAUGCAAGAGCUUCCUUAUUGCAUAUUCUCCAACAAAGUCAUUGGUUCUCAUUCGUUAAUUCUAUUGUCAUAGUUAUUCUGCUCAUCGGACUACUUACUUUGCUGUUGCUGCGGCAUCUCAAGAAUGACUUAAGAAAAUGGUCGAUUGGAGAUGAAGAUGAGGAGAAAGAGGUCGGAUGGAAAUAUAUUCAUGGGGAUGUGUUCAGAUGCCCAACAAAUCUACCAUUGUUCUCUGCAGUUUUGGGCUGUGGUGCCCAGUUGUUGACCAUGAUUUGCAUUUUAUUCAUUUUGGCAUUUCUGGGAGUCUUCCAACCGUAUAGCCGUGGCUCUCUAUCAAGUUAUGUGUUCAUUUCUUACAUUCUUACAUCAGCAAUUGCUGGCUACAGAUCUGCAUCGUUUUGUAGUCACUAUGCUGAAACUGGAUGGGAAAAAAGUCUCCUCCUCGCAGGAAUACUGUUCUUAGGUCCUUUGCUCUUCACGUCAUUCAUGCUCAACAUACUGGCUGCAUCUUUUGGGGUGACUGCAGCUCUUCCUCUUGGAACGAUAUGUGUCAUUGUUCUCGUAUAUAUACUAGUAUCAGUUCCCCUAUUUGCCCUAGGUGGAUUGUUUGGACACCGCUACAAAUUUGCUUCCCCAUCAUCACCUGUCACUAACAAAUGUCCACGGGAGAUUCCUCCGUUGGCUUGGUACCGGAAGACCCCUGCCCAAAUGUUUCUUGCAGGUCUUCUACCUUUCAGUGCCAUUGCCCUCGAGUUACACCACUUGUACGCCACAAUCUGGGGCUAUAAAGUCUAUAGCUCUCCCGGAGUUUUGUUCUUCAUGUUCCUUGUCCUUAUCCUGAUCACCAGUACUUUAAGUGUUGGGUUGACAUAUUUUCAACUGGCUGUCGAAGACCACGAAUGGUGGUGGAGGUCUGUAAUGCGCGGCGGCUCAACAGCUAUCUUCAUGUUCUGCUAUUGUAUAUACUUCUACCUGCAAUCGAAUAUGAGCGGCCUCUUGCAGACGGCUUUCUUCUUCGGCUACAAUGCCUGCAUUUGCUACGCAUUUUUCUUGAUGCUGGGCACCGUGAGUUUACAGGCGUCGCUGCUGUUUAUCCGGCGCAUAUACCAUGCCAUCAAGAGUGAGUAAGCUUCACUGUACUUGGAGUAGACUUUUUUGUUUGUAUACAUCAUCUCUUUGUUGGGAUGCUGCUGAAAGUAGAUUAGACAAGUUGGAAGUUACUCUGCUAAUGUAGACACCUCAAACCUCACCUGCUUUCUCGUUUCAUUUCAAUUUCUCCACAGUUCUGCA